UUUUAAUGUGGGAUCACACACUGUGGGGUGGGGGUCCCAUAUUUAAAUUACUGUCCAAUCUGCGAAUGUUGGUGCUGGCUCCCUCAGCGUCAACCCACCUGCCACAUUUCAACACUUGAAUUCAUCCUCCAGAGCAGCAUACCUUCUACUUCCACUCUUACUACUGUAUAGUCCAUUCAUCAGAAGCAGAAUCUAUUUAAAACCUAAUGUGUCACAGGAGCUGACAGCUCCAACAUUACUCAACUGUUUCUAAUUCGCACUCCCACCACAUCUGCCCGGUGUUUGAUUUCACUUCGUGUGGCUCGUGUUGCCAUGGCGUGGGUCAUGAAGGCCAGGAGCCGCAGAAUCAUGUCUGAAACCUGCCUUCCUCCUGUCCACACUUGCCAAAUAUAUACCGUCCCAAAGUAAAUAUAAUCCUGUUUGCAUCCACGCGGAUAAGACCACUACCUGCUCAGUAGCGGUUGCCCAUUUGGACACUCAGUUAGCAGCUUGGCUCCUGAAAGACUUGGUUGUUCUGGUCUCUGCUGGACUUGUCCUAGAUCUGACCUCUCACAGCCAUGGGGGAUUGGAACCUGCUGGGAAAGCUCCUGGAAAAAGCCCAGGAGCACUCCACCGUCGUGGGGAAGGUGUGGCUCACUGUCCUGUUCAUCUUCCGUAUCCUGAUCCUGAGUGCUGCGACAGAGAAGGUGUGGGGCGACGAGCAGUCGGGCUUCACCUGCGACACCAAGCAGCCCGGUUGCGAGAACGUAUGCUACGAUAUCACUUUCCCCAUAUCUCACGUCCGGUUCUGGGUGCUGCAGAUAAUCUUUGUAUCCACACCGACUCUUAUAUACCUGGGGCACAUUCUUCAUCUUGUCCGGAUGGAGGAAAAGCAGAAGGAGAAAGAAAAGGAGAGAGAAAAGGAGCACAGUCAUCAAUCAGACAAACAGACUCUCAUUGUGGAUGUGAAGCACAAGAAGGCUCUGAUAAGAGACAAUAAGGGACGAGUGCGCCUGCAGGGGGAGCUCUUGCGCACAUAUGUCUUCAAUGUGAUCUUCAAGAUGCUGUUUGAGGUGGGCUUCAUCGUGGCCCAGUACUUUUUGUACGGCUUUGAGCUCAAACCCAUGUACACAUGUGACAGACCCCCCUGCCCCAAUGUGGUUAACUGCUACAUAUCGCGCCCCACAGAGAAAACCAUCUUCAUCAUCUUCAUGCUUGGAGUGGCCUCUGUGUCUCUGUUCCUCAACCUCAUAGAGAUGUACCAUCUGGGUUUUACCAAGUGCCGCCAGGGCAUCACCUUCAGGAGGCGCAACCAGUCCCAUGAGAGUAUCUCCAAGGAGCCCGGCGAGACUGCAGUGCCGUUUGCCCCAAGUUACGAUGACUACUUCCACGAGCACCGCCAAGUCCAGCCCGCUUACCCGCCGGUGCCCUGCUACACCGCGGCCACAGACUCGUCCUUCCACCCCUACCACAGCAAGGCAGCCUACAAACAGAACAAGGACAACUUGGCGGUGGAGAGGAGCAGCAGCAGCAAGCCAGAGGAAUGUGACCUGAAAGGAAAGAAGGGAGCAGGAUCUGCCCCUGGGUCACCUACGCAGGCCAGGCCUGGCCACAGUGCCAAACACAGCAACAACAAGACUAGAAUAGACGAUCUGAAGAUAUGAGGAGGUUUAUGUUUCUCUGAGGGGUCUUAAAAUGUGCGAGGGGAUCAUAUGUUGCUUGGAAGUGUUCAUACAUGCCAAACUGACUCCCCUCUUCAAGAUGGCACUGCUUUGACUCAUUCCAGCUUAGAGGGGAGUAGUAUUUACAGGGCACAGAGAGAAGCCUGAAAUGGAACCACAAAAAAACAGCAACAACAUUUCUGAUAAACUUUCACAAUAAAGGAAAUUCUGCUUCUUUAUAUGUGGAGAAAAAAAGCUGGAUCUCACUUCAGACUGUAGCAUUAAAUGUUAGAUACUAGUCUGUCGCUGCGGCAACAGACUAGUUUUUGUAUCUGUGUUUUCUAAGUUGUGUUGACUGGUAUGAAUCUUUCCACCAUUCAGAGAGAGUCUGCUCAGGUUUACAGUGAGCUCGUCUUUAUUUUUCUCAACGUGUGAAAAAUCUAGAAUUCAGGGCUAGAACUUGCUCAGCACUGACCUGGCCUCAUUCGUGGAAAUCAGAUAGGGAGAAAAGUUAAAUUUAACUCCCUUUAAAUGUUUUGAGGUCAUCAUCUAGCAUAGUUCACUUGCUUAGACUUGAAGUAAGGAGUUGUGCAAUACCUGACAAUUUAUUGGAGGCUUGAACUGCUGUUACUAAUUCCAGAGUGCGCCUCAAAAACAGAUAUUGCACGGGUCUCAGGAGUUCCCACAUUUGUACUGUCUCUUUACUUUUUUUUUAAUUGGGGCAGCCAGAAAGUAGGUAAUGAAAAGCAUGUCGAUUGGUUUAUUCUUGUUCAUGUCUGGAUUUGUGGCGUUUGUUUGCUUUGAAGCACUUCAUGACAACCUUGUUUGCAAACCUGCUUGAAAUAAAUUGUCUUAAAUUUG